AUGAUAGAAGCCGUUGUACCUCCUGGUCCGGCUUCCGCAGCCAAGAAGAAGUUUGCUACGCCCCCGGUUAAGAUUGCCUGUCUUGCCUGUAGAGGGCGCGAUUGUGUCUUCAAGCCUAGCAGAAGAGGCGGCGCCCGCGUGAGGCGAAAGCCGCGGCCGGCUGAAGAGCUGGCCCAGCAGGUUCAGGCGUUCAAUGGCGAGAUGCCUCCAGACGAGGUCACUCAUCAAGAUCGUGAGUCUUUGCGCUUGGGAUCUUCGUCCGAGCAGCUCUUGACCGAUGCUACAGCCAUCUCUGUUCAAAACUACAUCGACCCUGGCGCGGGCUUGAAGCAGUUGCAGGACUUCUUCCAAGACAGCGACUUCAUCUUCGAUACUCUCUUCAUGUCGGGCGUUCCUGGCAGUACCAGUGGCGAAAGCGCAUCUGAACACUCAUUUACCUUUCCAACGCCUCAAAUCCCAGUCGCCAGAACGUAUAAGAGUGACCAGGCCAUUCUCGAUGCGUACUACAUCUUUAUCCACCCCUUCUUCCCUAUUCUUCCUGCUCCCUCAGGUCUGCCUAUGGACCAAGCUGUACCGCAUUUCCAAAACGACACGGAAGGCUUCGCAGACGAAUAUCAGCCAUCGACGCCCAUCAGUCUGGCCAUCUCCGCAAUCCUUGCGUUGAUCCCGUAUCACAACGAUACCAACCAUCUCAACAAGGAGUCAGUGGUCUUCCGCCGGAGAUAUGCGCAAUACCUAGCCCAAUGCGCCAUCGAAAGCAUCGAGAUUGAAUCGGAAAUUCCGGAUUCGUCCAUUGAGCCGCCCAAGGCGCUUAAUGAGUCCCCAGACGACUUCCCCAGGCAGCAAUUCCACCCAGGCGUGCCCAUCGAGCUGGAGAGUGUAAUCGCUUUGGAUAUCCUCAGUGUCUAUGAGUAUGCGCAACGAGGCAAUCUGAAGAAGAUGCAGGCGCGUGCGGGCCAAGCCCUGGUUGCUGCCAUGUCCUUGUCCAUCCACACUUGCGCUGAAGAGGAUGCGUUCUCAGAAGCGAGGCGGAGGGUUUGGUGGAUGACGUCGGAUCCUGAGGCUUUUGCCGUCUACAUCCAGGCACAGCAAGCGAUCCUGUCAGCAACCCAAUUUGUCAUCGAACUAAACAAGACUGUAAAGUCCGGCGGUGACAUGGCACGAAUCUAUGCGCGCAUGAAGGAGAUGGAGGCAUACCUCGAACCCCUCAAUACGAUGGCCGACUCUUGGAUCCUCCAGUCAACGACAACGACGCCACUGGAUCCUACGGAGGAGGUCUUGUCCCGCUCCCUCCGCUGCAUGGCUCGCAUCAAACUCAACAGCGCACGAAUCAAACUUCACCGAUACUGCGCUUUCUUUGACAUGCCCGUCUUUUCCGGCAAGUACUGCGAUCUCAAGUCCAAAGCCGACAACGAUGCCAACAUGGAGCCUCGGAGCUGGCCGUCAUGUUCUUGCAGCUCCAUGAUGAGCUUGCCAUCACCACCAGUUGCCAUAUCAAACGGAUCGACUACGCCACCGGGAAAGAAGUCUCCUCACUCGGAACAUUCGCCCAGUAGCCAGUCGCCAGCGACGUUCCCCUUUAGCAGUCACCAGUCGGCCAAGAUCUGUCUCAAAGCGGCCAUCAACAUCUCACAAUCCUUUGAUGACUUGCCGUAUCCCAAUCCCUUCGGUCAACUAUGCCCCGCUCCUUGCUAUCUGGCACCCACAUCGACGAUCACCAAGGCCAUGUACCCGGAGAACGCACUAGCCACUCCGAUGGUGGAAAGCCUCCUGAUGCGACUGCAGACGGGGUUGGCCUCUAUCUCGGCGACACUGGAAAAUUAUGCCACGGCGUUUGAAGCACUCGGUGGGAUGCGCGACCAAAUUCGGAGUGUCAUCGAACCCACCAUGAUGUUUGACGGACCGGUCCAGUAA